GUCUCUUUCUGCCAUCAUCAUCCUUAAAUACCCCUCACCUCUGCCCUUAAAUUUCCACAACUAUAUAUAUUUAUAGUUCGAUAGAGCUUAUAAAAAUAUAUACUUAAAAAUAAUUACUCCUGCAUAUAUAUCAAUAAUAAUAUGGCGGUUUCAUUAAUCUUCUCUAAUAAUAAGCAUAAUAAUAAGCCUUUGUUCAUCUUCUUCUUCCUUGGGUCAGUACUCAUCCUCGUGUUCUCCACACUUAUUCACAUGGCUCAAUCUUCUCCUGAACCGGCGGUGUACGGAGCAGAACCGGGCUUCCCACUCCAGGAUACUUCUAUAGAUUGUGGGGCAUCAUGCGCGGUGAGGUGCAAGUUGUCGUCGCGGCCGAGGCUGUGCAAGAGGGCGUGCGGGACUUGUUGCGCCAGGUGCAACUGCGUCCCCCCGGGAACCGCCGGCAACGAGGAACUCUGUCCAUGCUAUGCUACCAUGACCACCCACGGCGGCAGGCACAAGUGCCCUUAAUUAUUAAUUUCAUUAUUCCAAUUCAUCUUUCCAUAAUAUGUGUACCAUGUGUAUUAUUUUUAAUCUCAUUUUCAAUCCUAGUUCGUAUCUCAUUCAAACACAUUUAUAAAUAUGUUUUGCUUGUCUGUAUGUCUGUUAUUAGAAUAUGUACCCGCCAUUAGUUGAAACAAUAAUUGCCUUCCUACUUUAACUUAUUCCCAGUACAAUUUCUAAUAAAAUAUUGCCAGUACU